GCAGCGGGGUUUUUGACCUGGGGUACAGAGUUCGUAUUAUAGAAUACACACCAACUCCUAAACGUUUCCUUGCGAACUGAUUACCCGGUGCCAUCAUUGAUGGACGCCGAACACCCCGAUGGACUAGCGUGCAAACGUUCGAUGCAUAGAAAAAGCUGUGAUGUGCCCAGGAAGAAGGCCAAAUUGCUUUCUGACGCAUGUCGAUCGGACCAUUCAUCUGUCGCGGAAAUGAGCGGUUGGCAGGCCGCUCUUGGUGCUUCGUUGGCCGACCAGUUGGAACGAUUGACUGUACAGCGCAGUUUAACAGCCCGCCAGGUUAAGAAAUUGCUGCGUGCAGUUCUUACCAACGACGAUGUUGUUUCCGCUUUCCGGCGAUAUAUUAACUUAAGUGAACCAGAAACUGGGGAACUGUCCAUCAGCACCAAACGAAAAGCGAAAGCUCUCGGCCUGCUUCCUGCAUCAGAUGGGGCUCAACUGGACUCAGCAUUUGAACCCAGAGUUAUUACUCGAUCCCUGGCACGCUCCAUCCGUCGUUCUCUACGCGAUUAUCUGCCCGCUGGUGCUUCUGGGUCUGGUAGGAAACCAUCUACUAUUUUGGAAAUGGAAUUUCCCAACGAAGAUGAGAGUGACAGAAAUGCAGUACCAUGUUGUGAAUCAGCGGACCAUGAUGAGGACUAUCAACCUGGCCCCUUGGACUGGUAUCUCUUAGAGCGGGAUCGUGCUCUCGAAGGUGCUUGCACAAAUCUUUCUCGGAGUCGAUUGGAUUCUUCUGUCUCCCAUUCAUCACAUACUGAAAACUCUACCCAGUCCAUUUCUAGCGUAAACAUGGCCGUGCCUGAUUGCCCUACCGGUGCAAGUGAUUUCUGCAAUCAGUCGUCUAAGUGGGCUUCUGCCGCCGUGGUUACUCACACUGUCCAAGAAGCAAGCCAUUCUACCGGUCAUCUGAAUUGGUCUGAUGUCCAGCGAACUCCGUUAACCGCUGAGUCCGAUUAUGGCGCCUAUUUGGAAGAACAUGAGGUAGAUGCUGAUAAAAGCACCCCCUCCACUCCCCUAUCGCGUUCAGUGGACGAAAGUCUGAACGAUCAAGAAGAUAGGAUUGAGGACAAUGAAGAUGAUGAUGAUGUGUAUACUGAAUUCCUGCGCUCACUGUUUGCUCCCUGUGAAAACGUGCAAGCUACACCAAAUACGAACGAUACUCCCUGCAAGCAAUCUGAUUACUCCAACUCAUCACAUUGUCUUGUGACUGCGCAACAAGACUCGACGCCACCACCAUGUGCCCACUCGCCCAACCAUCCUGCUCUUAAUACCGAGAGUGAUGCCGACGAUGAUCCUAACGAUCCCGAAUUCGAUGUCAUGGCCGAGUUGGACAAGGUCAGUCGAGAGGACUUUAUCGAUGAGCUACGUGAUGAUCGAGCUGUGCGGGUGUCUAAAAUGGAGGCCAAAUCACUCCAUCAAGAUUUACGCGAUUUAUUCAGCGAUGAGGAGGAACAGAGCGACGGCGGAUCCUCCGCCAUGGACCGGCCCAGUGCGUCCGCCGUCUUUGCGAUGAAAUCCCAAUGUCACCGUCUGCUACAUACGCAUCGUGUUCCGAAAUCCGAACCUCCAGAUCCCGCGAAUAAAUUGGGGCAUCGAGAUGAGCAAGCGCUUGGCGGCGUAUCAUUUCUGCCCACACCCGACUCACGGACGCCUCGUUGUUUUUCGCAAAUCAACUCACCAUCCCUGACCGCAGAUGAAUCCUUGCAAUUACAACGUCAAAUCGGCAUGCACGUACAAUUGCUGACCACGAACUUUCUUUGUUCCUACGAUUUCCCACACUUGCAUUCAACCGUCACUCGUCCAUGCGCUUGCGCUUUGAAAGAGUUGGCCUCCAGGCGCGAUGCUUUCGAUUUGAUGGCUCAGCAGCGCAUUGGCCUUGACACGUCUCACGCCUCUAUUCGUAGCUGCUACUGGUCUUGCUCAUGUCUUGACGACGCUGUUCAGCUUAUCACUGAGUACGCUGGUCUUUCCAUACUACCUCGUAUACCGAAGUCCACACGUCGGUCUGACGCGAGUUCGGCUGUUCCGGAUUCAAGCACUUCAUUGCUAGGAAACCAGAAGCGAUCGGGUUUGGGGAAUCUACCCCUACCAUUGUGUCUUAUCCACCUGAUGUUGAAUAACCCCAUUUGGUCUUACCCGUAUCUCAUGCCAGCAAGCCUGCCUGCCUUGCACGAACCCUCAGAUCAUUUCCAAAGCCGGCGUCGUGUGGCGUUUCACUCCUCCGAGGACGCUUUAAUUUUAUUAGGUUUGGCCGACUUUUGUAAUACCUCAACCCAACCUUCUACAGAAACACGAGGUGACGGGGAACAACAGUCUACCCAUGGACGUUACUUGACCUAUCGUUUAGUUCGAAAGCAUUUGCUUCCGCAUCGAAAUUUGUUACAGUUGCGCACACGUCGAUGGAACCUUAUAUCCGGUCGUGCGGCCAUGAGACGCAAACAUUCACUGGGUCUGACUCCGAUUCCAACGCGACGUCUUCUCCAACUAUAUUCCAACUGUACGCCUCUAGAUCGGGAAUUUUUGCACUCCCUGGCGGACGAAGUAGCAACUUCCUCAAUACCACACCAUAUCCCCUUUCGAUAUGGUUGCCUGUCCUCAAUGACUCCGAAAGAAUUGUUCGGACCUGAUUGUCUUCCUAUUCAGGCAGGAUAUGAGACUGUGUUGCUGAACGUGAUCACCGAGCGAUGCUACCGAGGUGAAUUGUCAAAACGCAUUCACGACAUACUCACAGAUUUUGUGCAACAUGCAGAAUGUCUAUGGUGGUCCAAUUCCACAGUUACGCCAUCAUCCAAUCAAAAUGCUUUCAAAUCCGAACCCGUCCCUCUGCAGCACAGAACAUCGGAACAGCCCAUUUUGAAGCCAGAGGAAGUCGAUGCAAAUCAUAUGGCGCCCUCCAUGCUUGGAGGCCCAACCUUUCUUCCGGCGUUGCCAGUCGAAUUUACUCCAGAUGGUAAUGUGAUUCUGAACACCAGAAGGGAGCCCACGCUGAUCGAGCUUCACAUGGAUGAGGGAACAUCUGACGCUACUCGCACCCCCAGGACGAUAACCAACGUAUCAAAGUAUGUCAAAUGCGUCAACCCACUUGACGAAACAAAGCCGAGUAUCACAGAUCAUAUUGAGACUCUCCUCUCUCGCAUUCGCUCUCAAGGCUUAGAUCCAACCCGACCAGCUACCCGACGCUUGACUACUGGAUUGACCAUCAAAACGAUUGCGCAAUUGUCCAACGCUCCUCGUCUGACGGGCAAAUUGCCCUUACCACCACUGCACAAGCCUUCUAUCGCAGUCGCUAAACGCUUGGCUUACAAGCGUUAUAAGUCGGGCAGAAGACGUCGGAAUAGGCGUCCUCUUUCUUCUAUCAUUAUCACACAACCUACCAAGGCUCUACAGGACACUGGGACCGCUGCAGUCACCUCGGUGGCGAAGACCGGGCUCACUCCCAUCACUUCGGUACCCAAAGUGGUCACUCGUUCAAGCUGUAUUUUGUCGACGGCUCGUCAGGAACAGCGUAGCCCUAAAUCACUCGGUGAUCUUGGCCUGCUCCGUUGUCAAGAAUAUGUGGACUCAUUGAUAAAACAAUUUCAUUUUGGUAUGGACAAAUUGUUGAACGUACAUGGAACCUCCGUUUUGGGACCCGCGCGAUUCCCUCCACUUGCCAAGGCAUCUCUGUUCCACGCGAAUGACCCUCCUCCUCCCCAUCCAGCGCGGAGUGAUUACCUAACUGCUCCGAUUGAGCGGUGGAUCACCCAACAGCAGCCACAGCAAAUUUCCGUUUUCCCCACAUCGUGUCUUCUCACAGCUGGUCGCUUCUUGAACCGUUGCAAAGCUCGUGGUGAAGCCACUUCCGCCGAUUUGUUUACCCUCGCCUCUUCUGCUGUCCCACAGCGGCAGUCGGUUGCGGAUGAACAUGACGUCCAUCGAGCGAGAUCCAUUCUUGAUCGAUGUCGUGCGUAUCUUUCCCCCGGUGAAUAUGGAGCUAUUGUUUUCACUCUUAGAAGACUGAAUCACUUAGUGCACAGCUCCAACGGUUCGGGGCUCACGCUAUCCCAAUGCAAGAAGCACAUCUUAACCGGCCUCGUUUCAAUCUUGGAUAAAUUAAAAACUAAGCCUUCUUUGUGGGGCGAUUUUAUUUGCUUGCUGACGGCAGAUCAGGCACAGCAACUAGGCCUGUUGUCGACGUAUUUCGAUUUGACUCGCGUUAACCGUGCACAACGCAUAUUACAAGACUUGAUCCCUCGGGGAAAACGAUUUUGGAGACGGUUGAGAAACUUGGCAGACAGCUGUUAUUCAGAAAAUCGGCGACCCACAAGCGAUGGGACAAAGGGUGGCAAUUGCCCUACGAGUACUACUGCUACUGUGUCGCCGUUAUCCGCUACGGCCUCUGCACCCCCCAAAGGACGUCGCAAGCCAUUCAGACGCAGCAGAAUAGUCCGUUUUCCUGUCACCAAGACUUGGGCCUUGUUAGAGAGUACUUGGAGAAACCGUCCCGUCCUUCUGUCACAGCUAGCCUGCCUUUUGAACGUGACGCACAAGCCAUAUUCAGGAUUCGACCAGAGCUUCGAGGAAAUCGAUCUGCUCACUCGACAGCCACUUGGUAAACCGAGUUUUGUUGCCUCAGAAAGUGCGUCACCAACCACUCUUUCACCUGCACUCGCGGAUCCCUUUACUGCGCUCUCCGGUUCGGAAGAUGGUUGGGAGGUGUGCACUAGCUUAUCUGCAGCCACGAAGUAUUAUGGAUUUGAACAUACAUCUAGUGCAUCUUGGCGAAAUUGUCCUUGUCCUUGUCACCCAAACUCGAUGAUGGCCACCUCUGGCAAGUCCAGUAAGGCCGGCUCCAGGCACUGCAUCUCAUGCAGUUUGAGAGUUCACCGGGGUAUCGUCUACGUGGGCGAGUGCAAUAUACGUUUGCGUCCAGUUCACAUCACAUGGCCACCUGGUUUCAAACCUAAGGCAUCUUUGUUACCAGCGUCCUCCAGCAAGGUUAGCCAACGCUCUAAGGCGAAACAAAUACUUCAUUGUCGCUAUGGUAUCAUCCAUUGUUCUGGUUACUCCUCAACCCGGGCAACAUUGGCUCAACUUGCAGAAUUGCAUGCACGCUCUACUACAACGGAUCUCGAGGAUAAUCAAGCUUCCAUUUUGCCGGAUAUGGCACGGCGUCAUGUAGCCAUUGAGUACGUUCCACCCCCAAGACCAAACUUCCUUCCCCAACCAACACUAUCAACUGUUACCGAGUGUUUAAAUGGGCAUGACGAGGAGUUGGAACCAUCACCCAGCGAAGCGGCCGACGACUCGCUAGGACUCGGUUCACCGGAUUGUGCGGCUAGAUCCAAUCUAUCUCCAUUGCCAAAGCGCAACGUGCCAUCACACUGGUUUAUCGAGGAUGAUGAUGCUGCGUGCUUCAAUACGGAGGCUUUCGCGUCUUCCACAACCCAUACCGCUCUCCCAGAGUCCUCUCCAGCGAACUCCUUCAAAUCCGCUCCAGGGAUGCCAGAUGUAAUAGACAACUCCUGGGAUUUGGAAGAAGAUCGACAAUUGUUGGAAUACACCAAAUCCAGGGGACGUUAUAGCACUUCUAUGUUUGCUGAUUUGGCCAAGUGUUGGGUCCCUAAACCCUUCCCCAUCUCAAGACCUCGCAAAGCACAUGAGCUAGAAGCUCGCUUCAAGCGGCUAAUGCUGCUAACCUUAGGCGACGCAUAUGACCCUAUUUUAUUCCGUAGUCCUGAAAGAGAAAGUUCCGAAGACAAUUAAUACAUCUUCGAACUUCAGCAUUUUACUUGCCAUACCUGGGAGAUGAUUCUUUUUCGUACUUCUUUUAUCCCCUCUUCUCUUGACUUUAAACUCACAUAUGUAUCAUCUCUGUUCCCUUUUUUCCUAUAUCACUUUAUCGACACGUACUUCCCAUGGUGUUUUUGUUCACUCAGGUCAUCAGGAAUCUUCGAAAUCCGCCAUCCAUCCAUUGGGGCUUCCGAGCGCAU